GCCGCACCGCACACAACGCACAACAUGUGAUUCGCCUGGAGCAGCCAGGAUGAAUGCAUAAUUUCUCGUCUUGUCGCCGUUCUGGGCUCCCAAAUCACUGUAAAGGCAGGCAGCUAGCAGGCCACCACCAGACACUCCAUUGCCAUCGCCAUCCGCAGCCAUGGAUCCGCGUUCGCCGAGCAUGAAGGCUUCUCCCACGUCUGCACCGGCCAUGGACAUGGCUGUGGCCCAGUCUCCGCACGCUGAGAGCACGAAGCUGGAGCAGAAACCCACAUCUUUCCAAUCGCCGGACAUGAAGAUGGACAUGCCACUCAUCUCCACCACCGCAGCGUCACCAUCCAUGAAGAAUGAGCCCUCUUCUCCUGCUUUCUCCGCAAAAUCACCAGCCAUGAAGGCCCCGAUCGCAGCUACGGACAGUCAACAACAACACGACGCUAUGAGUCCGUUGCACCUUCCAGCUCCACGUUAUGCUGCUCACAAAAACAACAACAACAACGAUAACGCGGCACCAUUCGCGAGUGCACCAAAUCUGCCGUCUAACAACAGCACAUCCCACCCGACCACAAGCCCUGAGAAGUUGGAGAAGAUGUCUGACGCAAGGCGAUCGAUUCCCGCACGCAUUGGGCUCAUCCUUCGCAACGCAGCUCUAUCUCUCUUUGCUCUCUACACAAUCUCCACCUUCGUCCCAUGGAGUUCGCAAUGGGCGCGCGCGACGCACAACCCAACCACACAAGUGCCAUGUCUCGCACCCGUGAAAGAGUACGCAAGCGUGAGCAUGGAAGAAGAUCCAAGUCACUGGCUCCUGCGCCAAUUUCCCGAGCAUGCAGACAUGGCAGCGUGCACGAAUGCGGAAACCUGGUGCCAGCUUCCAUCAUCAUCCGCGUCCAACUCCUCGACCACCAACGUAUUGAACUCGGCCAUUCUCGCCAAGGGCUGCGCAUCAAUGGAGCCCUUACUCCUCCUCCUCAACAUGCACCCUGCACUCGUCAUCAACAAUCACAACACCUCCUCAGCAGUCCCGUCCGGCUUCGACUGGACGCAAAUCGGAUCAAGCGACCAAGAACUCCUUCGCUUGUGGACAGCUCUGCUCGCUCCCGACUCCUUGCUUCCGAGCAAUCAGCAAAAUCAAUGCGAGCGGGCGAUUCUGCAGGCCAUGAGAGGGCUUUUGUGGUGUGAAGAUUUUCGAUUUGCGCGUACGAGGUAGUACACGUCGUCCUCACGCGACUUUCUUCUAGAUGAAAAGUGUUGUGUUUGGGGGCAAAGAGGGAAAGGCAAGGAACCGAGCGAGCAGUGAAUCAAUGGAUAAAUGGAUGAUGAAUGCCUGGAUGGGACGAAUGAAUCGAUUCCCAUUUCCAUUUCUUUGGUAGCCAAGUAGUAUUGGCCAAUGAACCGCUCGCGAAGAAAGCAGGAAAGGAAAGCACAGUGGUACUUACUGUACCACCACGCCAAUUGAAUGUCAUGAUAUCCCGUCCAUCUUCAGCUGAUGUAUGAUCGCCGCCCAAUCCAUCUCCGCGCUCCUGUAUCUUUUUGUUUCUUCGACGCGCGCCAUUCCCGCAAAAGCCAUGGCCUUGCCGUUCGGCCGCUGCUUGACGUGUGCACGACAUCAAAUUCCUGCGGUUGGGAGUGGUAAUGUGCUCGAAGAGGAGAAGCGCAGUAAAUCGCAGAGAUACAUCGUCUUUGGUGUUUUGGUGGGUGUUUCUUUUUUCGGUGGCUUCCGCCGACAUGCUAACAAAUUCAUCUUUGGCUGCAGAUGGCGGGAGAGCUUUCAGGCAUAGCGGGCGAUGUUGUGAUGAAUGGCCUCAACUUCGAACAAGAUGGCAGCGUGGCAUGCCAGCCACUGCGAUUGCGUGAGGUGGGAUGCUGGCGUCGAGGAAUUGUACAGUGCGGACCAGAGGGUCACGAUAGGAUCCAUGUCGCGUAAGUAGGCGGUGUGCGUGGGAGGUUGGUGUGGUGGUGAUGGUGCUGCUGGUGGGAUCAUGACCGGACGGGUGAACAGUAGGGCGGUGGAGCAGGAGUGCAGCGUAGCUGGUGGGUCCGAGUCGUAGGAAGAAGGAGAAGAAGGGCGAAGUGGUGGUCGGUGGGCCAAGAAGACAGCGGCGGCAAGUGCGACAGUCGAAAGGAUGAUGGCGGCGACAAUGAGACACCAGAAUGCCGGCGGAGGCUGGGAGGGAAGUGGGAGACGGUGGUCGACUUGGACCGGGGAGGAUGAAGCUGGACUUGCUGGUUGUCUUGGCCAUGUGUUGCGGCGGCGGCGGUGGCGGCUGGGAUGCUCGCGCGUGACGAGAACGAGGGGCAGCGAGAGGGGUUGGCUAUGUCGGCGAGGGCGUGGAGGCAGCCCGUCUGGCAGCUCAUUGGCCAGCGUUGGUCCGUGGGAGGCUCGUCGCGCGCGAAGCAGCGGAGAGGGCGAGGUGGAGAGGCACGACGUGCUUUCGUCGGGAAGCCAGGCCGUGUUCUUGACUGCACCACGACGUUCGGCAUGUGUAUGUUUGGCGGCGGCGGCGUUGCCCUCUUCAGGGUGCAAGGCGGCGGUCGCCGGCGACAGCUCCAGCUCUGAGGCAGCGAGCACCAUCUCGCCCUUCUGCUGCGAGAUGGCCGUCUGUCGCAUCUGAUGGCCUGGUGAAGCAGCACGAUGAUUGUUGCUGCUGCGCGAGAGCGAUGGGCGCGCCCCAGGUUGCACCCACACUGUUUGCUGUCCCUCCAUCAAGCAUUCUGAUGCUGGGUCCCGUUCUUCCUCCUCCACCUCCUCCUCCUCCUCCUUCCCCUCCCCUCCCCUCAUUUCUCCGACGCAUGGCUCACGAAUGUCGGGACAUCGACGGCUCGACGUGUGCUCUGAUCCAACAGCGCCUGGCGGAGCAAGUGACGCAACGCAACAACGACAUUUACGAGCUCGAGCUGCAGCUCCAGACGGCGCGUGCCGAGACGGCCCAGGCGCAGCGGGCCCGGGGCCACAGUCGGCGAGAGAUGAGCCGACUGGAGCAUGAUCAGGCGGAGCCCAUCGCAGUCAAUGCCAAUCCCGCCCCUCCGCCGACCAGCGGCGUUCCCACCUCACGCUCCGCCCUUCUGCACCUCGCCCGUCGCUUGCUCAUCGACCUGCACACCGCAAUCGCCGACCGUGACAAGUGGCGCCGCCGAGACGCCUUCAAAAUUGCGCGCAUGAAGCUGUGGCGCGAACGACAUGGCGUCGAGUGUGCAUUGCGCGACGACGUGCUGCUGGACACCAAUGAAGCCGUAGCAAUGAUGGUGCCAUCUCGACGUCGCGCGAGCGUGUGAAGAAAAAGCGCGCAAUCUCGGGCACCUGCAGCAGCAGCAGCAGCAGCAGCAGCAGCAUCUACCACCACCAUCGCCUGUCGUUUUUCGUGUUUGGCUCUCAAUACGCACCACCAUACCU